AUGUUACAAAAGUAUUUAGUUUAUAUUAUAUUAUGGUUUUUAUCCCAAUUAUUAAUUGAAAUAAAUUGUCAAGAAACACCUUAUGUACUAAAGAAACGAAAUGAACAUACCGCAACGCUCAUUGAUAAUAAAUUGUAUAUUUUGGGUGGGUCCUCAAUUAAUGAAGUUGGAAAAGAUUUUUUUUAUAUCGAUUUUUCUGUUUCAUUUAAUAUUCAAAAUUUAAUAUUGACCGAUUUAUCAAACAUUAAUAUUAUACCUUCACAUUUUGGCGCUGGUUCUGCGAGGGGCGGUGCUAAUAACGAUACAUUAUUCAUAUGCGGAGGAGUCGGAAAUAUCUCAGCUGAUAAAGUUGAAUUGGUCUACACCUUUAAUACGCAAAGUAGUUCAUGGACCACUCCAGUAACAACUGGUGUAAUACCUAUUCUUUUCGAUGCUUCAAUAGGAAUUAUCGACUAUAAUGGAAAAAUGUAUUUCUGGGACGGAAUUGGUGAUAUUAUCGCCAUUUUAGAUACAAAAAAUUUAAUUUGGGAAACGAGGAGUUCAAUUGGUGCACCAAAUAUUGGAUUGAAAAGUACUGCCACAUUAUUACCUGAUAAUAAAAUAAUUUAUAUGGAUAGUAGUUCCAGUAGUUUAAUACAGGUUUAUAUAUAUGAUACAGUAAAUGAUACUUGGAGUACGAAAAUAACUUCAGGGAUAGUGCCUCCUAAGAGACUAGGGGCAUCCGCGGUUCUUGGAUUAGAUGGUCAAAGAGUAAUCAUUUAUGGAGGUUCUAUUACUGAAUCUGUAGAUUCACUUUAUGAAUUAAAUUUAAUAAAUUCUGAAUGGCGUAUUCCGAAAACUUCUGGGCAAACUCCAGCGUCCCGAGAAUAUCAUAGAGCAAAUGUAAUUGGAAAUUAUAUGGUGAUAACAUUUGGAAUGUUUUAUCAACCACCUGAAAAUGAUAUUUUAUUACUUGAUAUUAGUAAUGUCAAUGAAUAUAUAUGGACAAAUGAAUUUAAUCCUUUUCCAUCAAGUAUAGUAAACACAUCGGCAUCAGUACCCAGUGAUUCUCCCUCUCAAUCUGUGACAAGUCAUAAUUCAAAUAUUGUUGGUAUAAUUAUAGGAUCUUUGGUUGCUGGUGCUUUAUUAUCCUUUGUAGGCUCCUAUUUAUAUAGAUGGAAUAAAAAUAGGAAUAAUAAAAAUGAAAGUAAUUUAAACAAUAAUCAAGCUACUAAUAAUAAUCAAGCUGAAAGAAUUAAUUAUUAUCCUGGACAAGAAAUAAUACAACCCCGCUCCAGCUCCAGUAAUUAUUAG